AUGUCGGAAAAAGUAGCGAUAGUGACCGGUUCAAAUAAAGGCAUUGGUCUUGCUAUAGUUAAAGGUUUGUGCAAGCGGUUUGAAGGUGUAGUGUAUCUUACUUCCCGUGAUGAAACCAGAGGGAGACAAGCGGUGGAGGAAUUGGAGAAAGAUGGACUCAAACCCUUGUACCAUCAGUUGGAUGUUGCUGAUAAAUCUUCGGUGGUUAAAUUCGGUGAUUAUGUCAAGAAGAAAUAUGGAGGUAUAGAUAUAUUGAUUAAUAACGCAGGGGUUGCCCCGGAGAUGCCGCUCAAAAAUAACUAUGAAGAUAGUAAAAGUGUCAUCGAUAUUAACUACGGAGGUUUACUAACAGUUGAAGAGGUACUGUUUCCGCUACUCAGGAAUAAUGCACGCGUUGUAAAUGUAUCAAGUGAUUGUGGCCACCUAUCUAACGUAAGGAAUGAAGAAUGGAUUAAAAAAUUUAGCAAUAAAAACUUCACUAGAAGUGAUAUAAAUGAUUUCGUUGACUGGUAUCUGGAAUCUGUUAAGAAAGGGACUUUCAAAAAUAGUGAUUUGGCCGAUAACGGAUCAGUUGCAUCAUAUAGAGUAUCAAAGGUCGCGGUGAGUGCGUUAACCAUUAUACAGCAGAAAGAACUUGAAUCAAGAGGAAUCAUAGUGAAUUCUAUGCAUCCAGGGCUCGUUAGCACCGAUAUGACGAUGGGGAUAGGUUUCUUCAGUAUAGAUGACGCUGCAGAAACUCCCAUUUAUUUAGCUCUCGAUUCACCGUCGACUAUAAAAGGAGCAUACGUGUGGUAUGAUAAAACAGUUCUGGAUUGGUACGAUUACAAGGCUGAUUAUUAUUUCAAAAAGAAUUCGGUGUACUUCCAGCUGUCUAAAAACAUUUUCAAAAACUUUAUUUCAAUUCGCCACAUCGGUGUUGGUAUUUUAUCUAUAGCUUUGAUAAUAGCUUUUACGAAAAUAUUAUAA